CGUGCAGGAUGCGGUUCCUUGUCGCGUUCGUCCUGCUGAGCGUGGCGGCGGCGGGAGCCGCGCCGGGGGCGAGCCCGGACAACAAGGCGACGGGAAGCGGCGCCAGCCUGCCCUCCUCGAGCCCGUCCGCUAAGGAAACUCCUUCCAAGCCAGAAGUCACAUCUCCUCUGACCUCGUCUUCGGAAGGAGGCCCUGGCAAGUCGGUUGCGGCGCAGCCGCCCCAAAACGACAGCCUUGGCGAGUCGGAUGCAAAGCAGCAGACCCAAAACGAUGGCCCCGGCAAGUUGGAUGCAAAGCAGCAGACCCAAAACGAUGGCCCCGGCAAGUUGGAUGCAAAGCAGCAGACCCCAAACGAUGGCCCCGGCAAGUUGGAUGCAAAGCAGCAGACCCCAAACGAUGGCCCCGGCAAGUUGGAUGCAAAGCCGCAGACCCCAAACGAUGGCUCUAGCGAGUUGGAUGCAGAGCCGCAGACCCCAAACGAUGGUCCUGGCGAGACGGAGGCAAAGCAGCAGGCCCCCCAAAAAGAGGACCCUAGAAAGCCAGGCGCGGGGAAGCAGAACGAAAAAGAAGAGGGCCCCGGAAAGUUGAGUUCGGAGCAUCACACCCAAAACGAUGGCAGUGACAAGCCGGGUGCUGCGCAGCAGCCCCCAGAAGACCAUUCCAACAAGCCCAUCUCCAACUCCUCCUCUGAUAACAAGGAGCACCCCCAACCUGACGUGAACCAGCCAGCUGACAAAGGAAAGGUCUCUCCGCCCGCUUCCAGAACGGAAUCUGGGAACGGGUCCGUGGGCUCUGCGCUCACUUCACAGCCGGAGGGAGAUCAGCCUUCAGAGCCUGCUGGAGAUGGGGAGCUCGGGGAGACUGAGGAAGGUGAGACAGGGCCGGAAGAGGGCUCACUGCCCAAAGAAGAGGAUGGAAAGAUGCCUGGUCGCGCCUCCAGUGAGACCCGUGGAGAGACGCUUUUGGAUUCCGCGAGUGGCGAGAAGGAUGACCUUUAUAAGGGCGGUUCUGGAAGUGCUAGGGCAGAGAGUAGCCACUUCUUUGCGUAUCUGGUGACCGCAGCCAUUCUUGUCGCUGUCCUCUACAUUGCUUAUCACAACAAGAGAAAGAUUAUAGCUUUUGCCCUGGAAGGAAAAAGAUCCAAAGUCACUCGGCGGCCAAAGGCCAGUGACUACCAGCGUUUGGACCAGAAGUCCUAACAGGAUGGUAUGUUCCUCUGGAAAAUGAAGAUGUUGCUGUUGGAUUGUGCUGCUCUCCUUUCAGCUUUGAUUUUUGUCCUUGAGAACCUUGUCCUCCCUGCUGAUUUUGUUCCAAAUCAAGAAAACUGAAGAGAAAAGCACUGUGACCUAGGAGACACCCUCCUCUAGGGUUGGGUGGCAAGUCUGGCCUGGCAGAGGCGGGGGAUGGCUUUGGGGUUUGCACCUGCACUUUGGCGACAUUGUUCUGCGUUCCCUUGAUUUUUCCAGAGCAUCCAUCCUUUCCUUCCUGAGCGAAUGGAGGAGUGCAUGGAAACAUGGCAGUGACCAAAGGGAGACCCAAGCCCUGGGCAGACUGGGCUGCAGACCGUGCUCCCAAGGGACCAGGCUCUGUAUAAAGUUAGCUCCUGACUGUGGCCCCCUGACUGCAGCAUUGCCCCCUCCGCUGUUAGUCUUUGCAGACCUCAGAGAAAACUACAGGUAGAAUUUUGGGAAAAGACAUAGAGCAUGGCGAAAUGCUGAUGGUCAAGGGGCUACCUCGAACCCAUAAUUUUCUUCGCAGGCUUCAGCAGCAAACCAAAAUGGCAGGUUGAAGGAGGCUUUAAUGCCUGCAGGUCUAGCCUGCCGGGCAUAAGUUCUUCAUGACUUUCUGGUCUUUUAUAUGACUAUUUUAUAUGACUCGAGGCACCUCCAUGUGGUUGUGCUGAGAAUAAAACCAAAUGCUGGAAGUCA